AUGGCCAGCAUUGCAGAUGUGAUUAUUCUGUCAUCCUCUCCAAAUCCACCGCGGUCGCCAGGGCUGGGUAGGCAUGAUGCAAAGCCGGUACCUCACGCCUUGCCACGAGGUGCAACGCCACCGCCGAUACGCUUGACAUCCGAUUUGGCUCAACCUCAUACGCGUUCCCUUUUUUCCCCCACUCCAAUCGCGAGAACCAAGUGUCCUGAGGACGCGACGAAGCCGAAAAAGCGACCGACAAAGAAGGAUCCUACUUCAAGCACGAGCAACCAAACGGCACUGAGCAAACCACGGCGAAAGGCGAAGAAAGCCGCGGAUGGGCCAGCAACAAUUGCGCCUGUGGACCCUCAGCCAGAGACUGUUGACACAAAAAAUGACGCAGUGAAACCGACCAAAGGGCGUCCUCGAAAGAAUGCCAAGAGCAAUGAUGCAGGAAACAUGACUCUGGCUGGGAAAGUUACGAAGACAAGCAGUGAUCCACCAGCAAAGAAACCCAGCAAAGGCGGGAACAAGACGGUUGCUACAAAAGUAUCCCCUUCGGAGGAUGUACCCGAGAAAUCUACUCCCAAGGAAUCCAAUGCCUUAGGAAAGGAUGAGGUGUUGCAUCUGGACGAGGCAGUGAGGAGAAGGAUGGACUGGACACCACCAAGGGAGACCGCUUACGAUUACGAGGAAAUCGCUACCUUGGACGAUGGUGGAAGCAAAUAUUGUGAUCCGAACCUUUCAGGUGGGUUUGGCAAGCUGCUGUCCGAUUAUAAUUACUCCGGGCUAGCCUUGAAUCCCCGCGACCUUGUGCAGAAUGCAAAUGGCGGAGGACCAACAAAGCGUCGACGGAUAGAGCUGGUCAACCCUGAAAUCCAAACAUUAUUCAAUGGGAGGUAUUUUGAUCCAAGUGAUCCCAAAAAGACUGCCAAGGGUAAACCUAAGAAGUUUACCACCUUAACAGCGCGCAUGACUGCGCAAUAUUCAACAAAUAAUGUAGAAGAGGAUGAUCUGGACGACAAAAGGAAAACGAAAAAGGCCAAAGAGACAGAGAAACAGUCCUCGUUCACUGUCCUUUCCCCGAAAGCGGCUGUCGAGUUUCUGAAUGAUCAGGAUCUUGUAUUCGGCACCUGCAGUCAGUUGGAAAGAGAUGAUUCGCCACAGACUCUGCGAGAAACCCAGCAGGCCAUCCGUGCCUCCGAAUGUCUUUCAUAUCCAGAGGGAACGCGCGAUAAGGACCGCAGGACGAACCGAGAAUCAUCUACUCGUUCUGUAUCAAGGUUGGCAGGCACCAGGAAUCUGUGGUGUGUUGGCGCCAGAGACACCGAAGGAUCUUUGGUUCAAUCAGAACCAUUAAACGUGGUUGACUUGACGGAUGGCGGAGAGCCUACUGGAAAAAAUAGUCAUGACAACGCAGAGCAAGCAAGCCAAAAGCCUCUCCAGGGGAACUGGUUCGAGCUUGAAUUCGCAGACAUAGAUUCACCCCCAGAAAAGAGACCAUUGUCACUACAAUUGACCCAAAGGGACUUGGAUUCAGACACGCAGGUUCAAACUCCAGCUCUGAUUCCGGCAGCUACAGAGACGACCAUGACCAAGGGCAAAGCCGCGAAGCCUGCAAAAGGAACCAAUAAUACCCCGACUAAAACGGGUUACUCCCAGUCAACUAGCUCGCAGGCGCCCUCAAUGCCACAAUACACAGGAUUUACAGACGCGGAGCUGUCUAAACAGAUCUCCUCUUAUGGCUUCAAGGCAGUCAGGGGCCGCAAGAAGAUGAUUGAUCUCCUUCAACACUGUUGGGAAUCGAAACACGGUAGCAAUACCACCUCUGACAGCCAGCCUGUAUACCAACCCGAGCAACAUAAAGAACCUGCCUCUAAAAUGGACAAUGUCCCCAAAUCCACCGCAGCUGCGAAGACGAAGGCGACGGAGUCUAAAUAUGGAACAUCUACAAAGAACCGAAAAUCACUUGAUGCGACAAAAUCAACUUCUCCCUCGCGAACCAAUCUCCAGACAAGCCCAACAAAAACCUCGAGGGGGAAGCCUAUCACUGGAACCUCUGUAUCAUUCAUUGAUGUAGAAGAGAUCCAAGACUCAGAGGAGGAAUUCAUCCCCUCUCCAAGUCAAGUACAAAAGCACUAUUCGGAUAUCUAUUCAAAACCCAAGGCAGGCAGCGAGGUGCAACACCACUCCUUGGAUAUCCUCACAAAAACACCACCAUCAAGUCCGACCAAGCGGAAAACUCCUUCUAAGGUUUCAGUCAAAAGACCAUUAUCCUCUGCAUCCAUCACAACCACCCAUACAGCAGAAUCCUCUAAAGAAAUCAGUCUGGCCGAAAUAUCUGCAAAGAUCACUCAAGCUGUUCGCGUCCAGCCUCGGCUCUCGCCACUGUCAUCAUCACGCGGUAGCCGUAGUCGACCAACAUGGCAUGAAAAGAUACUCAUGUACGACCCCAUCGUUCUGGAGGAUUUCACAGCAUGGCUGAAUAUCGAGGGGCUUGGACUUGUGGGCGAGGAUCGCGAGGUUGGCACUGCGUCUGUCAGGGAAUGGUGUGAAAGCAAGGGAAUAUGUUGUUGCUGGAAGAGGAACGCCAGUUGGUAA